UUCUAAGCGACAACCUUUUUGGAAAUCCAUGACCAAAAGGGAUGACUGCUGUUUCAUAGUCGUUCUUCCACAUGUUUGAGUCAUUUUGAAGAAAGAGACUGUUUUAGUAUACAAGUCUAAGACAAUAUAAAAUGGCUGAUUAUUGGAAGUCUCAGCCAAAGAAAUUUUGUCAGUACUGCAAGUGUUGGAUAGCAGACAACAAACCGAGCGUUGAAUUUCAUGAAAGGGGGAAGAAUCACAAGCAAAAUGUGGCUGAUAAAAUCGACGAGAUUAAAAAGAGGAGUAUGGACAAGGCAAAGCAGGAGGACCGCCAGUCAAAGGAGUUUGCAGCCAUGGAGGAGGCAGCCUUGAAAGCAUACGAGCAGGACAUUAAAAGACUUCAGAUGGAAUCAGGUGCAAGUGAAACCGAGCUUCAAAGUACAGCUCCUCAACAAAAGGAGCCUCAAAGUAGAGCUCCUCCACCAAAGGUACCUCAACAGCAGAGCAAGAAGCAGAAACAGAAGCAGAAGCAGAAGCAGAAGGAGAAGGCAAGCCCCGAGGCCAGCAGCAACAGUGGAUCAGAUGCUUGGGUUGAAGCGUUGACCGAUGACGGACAAAGCUAUUACUAUAACUCAGUAACAGGAGAGUCAAAAUGGGAGAAGCCAGGGGGGUUCCAAGGUCAGAGUGAGUCCUUGGCACAAGCUGAAGAGCAGAGUGAGUCUGGGUCCCCAUGGAUGGAGGCAGUGAGUCCAGAUGGAUACCCCUACUUCUACAACUCAGAAACUGGAGAGUCAAGCUGGGAAAAGCCUGCUGAUUAUCACUCUGGAGGUAGCAGCGUGGCAGCUCUGGUGGAGGGACUGGAGGACCCAUCUCCCCCUAAGCCUGAGCCACUAUCAGAGGAUGAGAACAGCUCAAAUGGGGCCAAGGACGCCGAGGAGACGGAGAAGUCCACAGCCCCCAAAACCAGUUUCUGGAAAAGAAAAGCUGAAUGCAGAAAAGCUGAGGUACCUGAAAAGGAGGGAGAGGUAAAAGAGGAGACUGAAGAAGGUGCUGGUGCUGAAGCUGAGGAGAACGAAAGUUCGAGAGAUUCCUCUGACCCUGCCCCUGCUAAAGAAGAACAGGAAGUAAGGCCCGCCAAAAAACCUAGGAUCAAUCCCUAUGGAGUAUGGGAGCAGAUCCAAGAGGAGGAGGACCCAUAUGAGAAUGUGGAUUGGCAGUUGCCCAAGGUGGACACCGGGGGCAUCGUUCCAGCUCCCACAGAGAUCCCCCGUGAGCCAAAGCCCAAGUUCAGGGAACGCCUCAUCACCUCCCUGGGGGAUGAGGGAAGCUCAGGGGCCACUUUCCGCAAGAGGAAGACAGACAAUGGCAAAUCCAGAAGCCUCCGUCAGAGAGGGAAGGACGAUGACUAAGAACCCCCAGUUGGCCGUUUUUUUAUAUAGAACAUGUGGAGGACAGCUCAGGAAAUCAGCAGGCUGACAUUUAUUUUUGCCCACUUGGCAGACCUGGAAUCACGUAUGUUUAUGUGUGAGCUGUGCAGUGUCACGUCAAACGUCUGUUUGCUAAAUUGUAUUUGCGGAUGGAUGGUCAAACAUCUUUGCCAUGAAUGAAUGAAUGCCAUAUCCAGGUUUGAAAGCUCUGUAUAGUUCAGAGAAACAAAGAAUCAAUAAGCACUCGUUCUUUUUGAGGAGGUAUUUGUCUCCUGUAGACAUAUAUAUCUUAAAAAAGAGAGUUUUUCUUUUUUCCUACCCUUAAUUGCUCUACACAUUCGAGUUUGGAGAUUUGUAUUAGUAUUUUUUUAAUUUGUUGUUGACAUCAACCUUUCCCCCUCAAAGAUUGUGUCUUGUAUUUAUGUGAUGGUAUUUUUCUAUCAUUAGCUUGAAAAGUGACUUCAUUGUUGUCAGUAAAAACUCCUUUUGUGCA